AUGGCUGGCCCCCAACGGCCGACCUCUGGCCUGCCGACCAGGAGAACCACCACCACUCGCACUCAGCCAACGACACGGCGAAUGAGCUCUGCAGUCCCAGAGAAGCGGUAUCUGAGGUCGCCGGCGAUCCCGUCUAGAACUUCUACUGCGACAUCGCGCGCGAUCAAAUCCCCUAGCGAGCCGCCCACCAUCACCGCGAAAAGAAGGGAGAGAGACUACGAGCGCGAGAUCAACGAGGAUACCAGUAUUCACGUGGCUGUGCGCUGCAGAGGUCGCAAUGAUCGCGAACAGAAAGAAAACAGCGGAGUGGUCGUGUCGACCGAGGGUGUCAAGGGAAAGAACGUGGAACUGUCAAUGGGCCCGAAUGCCCUGUCGGACAAAACUUAUACGUUCGACAAGGUUUUCUCGGCAGCUGCCGACCAGCUGACGGUGUAUGAGGAUAUUGUACUGCCAAUUGUUAAUGAGAUGUUGGCCGGGUACAACUGCACGAUUUUCGCAUACGGACAGACGGGCACCGGUAAAACGUACACCAUGUCCGGAGACAUGACAGACACACUAGGAAUCCUAUCCGACCAUGCCGGCAUUAUUCCGCGAGUGUUUUACUCAUUAUUCAACAAACUCGAGGAGACCGAAAGCACCGUUAAGUGUUCGUUCAUCGAAUUGUACAACGAAGAGCUGCGCGACCUGCUCUCCGCCGAGGAGAAUCCCAAGUUGAAAAUCUUCGAAAAUGAGUCGAAGAAGGGCCAGGGCAGCAGCACGCUUGUGCAGGGAAUGGAGGAGACCUUUAUCCACUCGGCGACGUCCGGCAUCAAGUUGCUGCAACUGGGUAGCCAUAAACGCCAAGUGGCGGCGACCAAGUGCAACGACCUAAGUUCUCGAAGUCACACGGUUUUUACCAUUACUGUCCACACCAAGCGAACGUCGGAAUCGGGCGAGGAGUAUAUGAGCUCAGGCAAGCUGAACUUGGUCGAUCUUGCCGGAAGCGAAAACAUCCAGCGCAGCGGCGCCGAAAACAAGCGUGCCGCUGAAGCUGGGUUGAUAAACAAGAGUCUGCUCACGCUAGGGCGCGUGAUCAAUGCUUUGGUUGAUAAAAGCCCCCACAUUCCAUAUAGGGAAUCGAAACUCACCCGACUUCUGCAAGAUUCUCUGGGAGGACGCACAAAAACGUGUAUCAUCGCCACUGUCUCGCCAUCUCGGAGUAACCUCGAAGAAACGAUCUCAACCCUUGACUAUGCGUUCCGAGCCAAGAAUAUCCGCAACAAGCCGCAAAUCAAUUAUACGUCGAAAAAGACACUCCUACGCGAAUUCACCUUGGAAAUCGAGAAACUCAAAGGAGAGCUGAUUGCAACAAGACACCGGAACGGUGUGUAUCUGGCGCCAGACGCUUACGAGGAAUUGACCAUGGAAAACAGUUCGCGACGAAUUGUCAACGAAGAACAGCGCGCAAAGAUCGAGUCCAUGGAAGGAAACUUGCGUCACAAGGUUCAGGAGCUGUUCGCUUUGACCAGCAAUUUUAACAACCUGAAGAAAGACAACGAGGAAACUCGAGUGUCUCUUGAAGAAACGAAUGACGUGCUUGAACAGACCGAAAUUGUACUGAAGGAUACCAAAACCCUGCUUGAAGAGGAGGAAAUGUUGCGCAAGGCGCAUCAGGAUACUGAAGAAAAGCUCUACGAUGCCGGCACAGGCUUGAUAUCGACUCUGGAUAGUACUGUCGGCGACGUGGACGGACUGCACGCUAAACUCCAGCGGAAGGCAGAUCUGGAAACCGCCAAUAUGGAAACGUGGAAUACGUCGACUUCCGAAGUAUCAAACGUCACUCAGAAAGUUGAUAUGAGCGUGGAGAGCUUCCAAACUCAACAUUCGCAGCUACUGCAGAGCAUGGCGGAGAAGAUCAACGGCUACGUGGCUAAUGAGCUGAGCAAUAUCGAACAAAAUCAGACCGAACUGCUGGAGCGCACUUCAUCUUUCGAGACGGCGGAGGCCGAGGCAAGAUCUCAGACCCAUGGCGCGCAUGAUGAAAUGAACGAAGUCCUGGAAGAGAUCAAGGACUUGCGAGAGGAGGUUAAAUCCAAGGUGGGAGAAGGGUUGAACGGUCUCUCUGCUGCGGCCGCUCGCAUCUCCAAAGAGGUCAUCGGGGAGUUUACCGACUUCCAUGCUCAGUUGCAUGCAUCGUACAGCACCCUUGGCCAGGAGUUCAAGGCCAUGUUUGAAAGUAUGGUGGGGCAUCUCAAUGGGCAAAAGACGGAAAUCAACCGGUUGAGACUCGAGAUCCAAGAGGCCAACCUCAGAACGGUAGAGGCGAAUCGGCGAGCCUCGUCCCACCUGGCACACACUUUGGAAGAAGAGCAAGCCACGGCGGAAGCGGAGCGAGACGUGCUACUCUCGCAGAUCAGAACCCUCAUUGAGGAUUCCCGGCAACGACAGCACGGCCGCUUGAAGGGCAAGAUGGAGGAUGUACGGAAAGAGAUCUCUUCCUCCGGCGACAACUUGGAGCAUACUACGACGCAUUACGAUCGACAGGUGGACGAGUGGGUGUUCAAAUCGGAGCAAUUUGCCAAGGACGUGAACGCUUCCCGAGACGAGAUUAAGACGAAGAUGCAGAAUGAUUGGGAGGUCUUCGACCAACGGAAUCUCUCCAUCCAAAAGGCAACCGAGUCGGUGCAUGAAGAAACUGUGCGCAUUGUUAAUGCUCAAAUGAACAACAUGGACAAGCAGAUGGAAGCCUUGGACGACUUCGUGGACAAGGCGCGGUCUCAGAACGGCCAGUAUCGCGACGCACACAUCACCAGCUUGGAAAACAUGGCGUCCAACGUCCACGAUUCAUACUCGUCGAUGCACGAGCAGAUUUCCGGGUUUGGUAACCGCGUGAACCAACUCCAGCAGGACGCGACGCAGCAGCAUGUCGAUCUCGAAGAAUCCACCGCCCCCUUGUUCGACGAAGUUCGCCAACCUCUCCAGACGCUCCGGACCAACAUUCUCCAGCGCCCUCUCGAGGACUAUGUCCCUACUGGCGCUACUCCUCAGAAGCGGCAGUAUGAAUUUCCCUCGGAGCUGCCUCGGACAGAGCCCCACGAUAUUUUGAGAUCCCGAAUGCGAGCGUCGAAAGACCUUACCGUGCUACCGUUCAAUGACGAAGGGCAGCUUUCUCCGAACAGUUCUCUCGCAACAUCUUCUCCUUCAAAAGGCUUCGUGUACAAUGACGCCGCGGACGAGGUAGGAAUACAGCCAUCUGCCACAACCACCGUUACUCCUUCCAACACGGGCCUUAGGGAAGUCGAUGCAAACGUCGCCGUCAAACCACGCGUGUCUAAUAUCGACGAAAGCUCGCCCAACGACCUUCCGUCCGGCAAGAGAAAAUCGUCGUCAAUGAACCCGGAUGGCUCGGAUAUGGACGACAUGGAUGAACAACAGCCCGCGAAACGCCGCCGCUCCAGCCAUACUCUUGAGGCCAAGCUCCCACAUAAGAUGAUUUCUAAACAAAUGGCCGGAAUGAUGGAAGGGAGAGAGAAUGUGCCCCCGCCGGGCCUUUCAACCGGUCGAAGGCUGCGAGGCAGUCCAUCUACUUGA